UCCUCCUGCAGCUGCCCCUCCUCUCCUCGACCUCCUGCUGCUGCUGCUGCUCCGCCCGGCGCGCUUCGCCUCUCGCCAUGGAGCAGCAGCAGCAGCCGCAGCCGCCGCGCUUCGGGAGCCUCAACAGCGAGCAGGGCUGGUACCUGUCGGCGCAGGAGCUGCUCGAGUCCGAGGAGCAGGAGGCAGCCCCGCUCCUCUCGCGGCUGGAGGCGCCCGCCCCGGGCAGGAGAUCUUUCAACCAAGAGUCAUCUGGUACUUCUUUUGGCUUCUCGGUGUUUAAUUUGAUGAAUGCUAUAAUGGGCAGCGGGAUACUUGGGUUAGCUUAUGUCAUGGCCAAGACGGGGAUAAUUGGAUUUAGCGUGUUGCUGCUGAUUGUAGCCGUCCUCGCUGCUUAUUCUGUAUACCUCCUGCUCAGUAUGUGCAUCCAUACUGCUGCCACUUCUUACGAAGAUCUUGGUCUUUUUGCAUUUGGAUCACCGGGAAAGGUUCUUGUGGCCAGCACAAUCAUUAUACAGAAUAUUGGAGCUAUGUCGUCUUAUCUCUUCAUUAUUAAGACUGAACUUCCCACUGCCAUUGCUGGACUUCUGGGUGAAGAUCACAGUGGCUCCUGGUAUCUUGAUGGGAAAUUGUUGCUGCUGAUUACCUCCAUCUGUAUUGUCUUCCCUCUAGCACUUCUUCCCAAAAUUGGCUUUCUUGGCUACACAAGUAGUUUAUCAUUUUUCUUUAUGGUGUACUUUGCUCUUGUGAUCAUAAUUAAGAAGUGGUCCAUUCCUUGUCCUCUGCCAUCAAAUGCUGCUGUACAAUAUUUCCAGGCUUCAAAUUCUUCCGGUGAUUGUAAAGCAGCACUCUUCCAUUUUUCCAAGGAGAGUGCUUAUGCCAUUCCAACUAUGGCUUUCUCAUUUCUCUGCCAUACCUCAGUACUGCCAAUUUACUGCGAGCUCCAAAGUCCAUCCAAAAGCAGGAUGCAGAAGGUAGCCAACACAGGAAUUGGCCUGAGCUUCCUAGUUUAUUUUGUGUCUGCGCUAUUUGGAUACCUCUCUUUUUAUGACCAUGUGGAUUCAGAAUUACUGCAAGGAUACAGCAGGUACUUGCCCCAUGAUACUGUCAUCAUAACGGUAAAGCUGGGCAUACUCUGUGCUGUGCUGUUGACGGUGCCCCUAAUCCAUUUUCCUGCAAGGAAGGCUGUCCAGAUGGUAUUAUUUUCACAUCUUCCUUUCUCUGUGAUCCGCCACAUUUUCAUCACUUUAGUACUCAAUGCAGUUGUUGUCUUGCUUGCAAUGUAUGUGCCUGAUAUCAAAAACUUAUUUGGAGUAGUUGGUUCAACUACAUCAACCUGCUUGCUCUUUAUAUAUCCUGGGCUGUUUUGCCUUAAGCUUAGCACAGAGGACUUCAUUUCACGACAGAAGCUUGGGGCAUGUGCCCUGCUUGUCUUUGGCCUCUUGGUUGGUAUUUUCAGUUUUGCAGUAAUCAUUGACAACUGGAUUUAUUCCUGAAAGAAUGCUGUCCUUCUGGAGCUCUGAACUGCAUACAGAAACAGCAGCCCCAAACGAAGAUUUCCAGCAACAUCUUCAGGAAGAUUUCUCAGUCAAAAGCUAGAAAGGGGAUUUCCAGAGCUGUGGAAACCAUUGCCAACCACGCCACAAAACCAGUUCUCUCUCUUCUUUAGCAUAGAGGCUGGCACCCCAUGGAAGGGUCAGUCAGCCCAGUAACGAUGCAUGCACUCAAGUGGUACAAAUGAUGUUACACAAGAGUAAGCCCCCUGGGAAUAAUGGGCUUGCUCCUUGUAUGGUGUCAUUUGCGCAGUGUUUGCUUUAGCACAACUUGCAUGCACCUGACAUUACUGGGCUGACACACCCUGGCAUGGUAUGUCAACCAGGGAUUCUUGCUGUUCUGCAGAUUUUGGGGCAGCGUACAAAUCAGCAAAAUACAUAAAAUAAAACCAACAAGUUAGGCUGGAGCUAGACAAUACGAGAGACAGGUGGAUGCAGCUAGAAGCAGCAACCUUUGCAAUCAUGUGCAAUGAAACAAAACAUGCCACGUGGCGUCAUCCUGGUUGGGAGAUUCCCUGCCUUGCAAGAGGGGAGGCCAGCCUCCAGACGAAUGAAGCGCUUGUGUACCACAGUUGUGCCCCUGCAAGAGAACUGCAUAGCUGUGCAGUACUCUGAAGUCACACUUUUCCAGAACCAUUCCUGGCAAUGUGAACGGAUGGAGGACGAGAUCUCCCAGCAAGAGGCGCACCACAGGCUGUGCAGUUCGUUGCGCCAGCACCAGGACUUUUGUGCUAUUGCACAGCCUCAGCCUUCCUACAGAUGUUGGACUACAAGCCCCAUCAUACCGAUUGACCACUGUGGCUGGGAAUUGUGGGAGUUGUAGUCCAGUAGCAGCUGGAGGGCUGCUGUGGAGCUCCACAACACUAGCUCCCGUUGCAGUGCAACUAGCCAGUGCCGCAUCCUUGUACCUCGACAGCCUGUUCACACAAAUGCUUUGUUGGUCAGAUAUCGGCCUGUGACAUCUCGUGACAUUGUCUAGUGUCCAGCCUUAGAUGCUUGAGUGGAACUAAAUAGGGCGUGCCCUGCAAAAAAGACGAGUUCUUGUUACCAGCAAAAGUGAAGAUGAUGAUGAUGAUGAUUUUGAAUUUAUAUCCUGCUCUUCCUCCAAGGAGCCCAGAGCGGUGUACUACAUACUUAAGUUUCUCCUCACAACAACCCUGUGAAGUAGGUUAGGCUGAGAGAGAAGUGACUGGCCCAGAGUCACCCAGCUAGUAUCAUGGCUGAAUGGGGAUUUGAACUCAGGUCUCCCCGGUCCUAGUCCAGCACUCUAGCCACUACACCAUGCUGGCGAUAGUUGGUGAACCGUUGCGUACAGCCGGGAUGCUCAAACUUGGGUCCCCAGAUGAGGUUGGACAACAACUCCCAGCAUCCUCAGCCACAAUAAAUAGUAGCUGGGGAUAAUUCAGCACUAUCUGGAAGACCACAGGUUGGGAACCCCUGGACUACAACUCCCAGCCACAGUGGCCUUGGCCCUGAUGGCUGGGGAUGUUGGGAAUUGUAGUCCUGCAACAUCUGGGGGCCCACGUUUGAGGACCCCUGGCUUACAGGUUAGUGAGCUGUCGACAUUUGUGUACCCCAAUGUGAAACUGUUCCAGCAGAAGUCCAACAACAGGCUGUCUUUUGGGAACAUCCGCUUGAAAGGGAUUGCAGCCUCACCGCACCUGCUGCUGUCAGUUUCGCCAAAGCCGGCUGCAAAGCUUCUGCAGCCUCCUUAACUGCAGAGCGCUUGGAUUUGCAAGCUGAAACUGAGCCCAGUCUGUUUGAUUAAAGCCUCCUGUCCAAGGCAAUUUACAGUCCAGCUGAAAAGUUCGGGGUGGGGUGGGGGGACGAUGAUGAGAUUACCCCGGCUGCCAGUGUGUUCUUACUUUGUAAAUGAACUGUAAAGUAUGUAUAGUUUUAUACUUCAUUGCACAUGAAGAUAAGAUCAUAGGUUUGAUGAAAAAUAAAAUCUCUUCCUUUCAA